AAGUUUCUCGAACUUGGCGGCCUUCCUCGGGUCCAGUACAUUUGGCAGCGUAAUGACGGCAUCAUGAGUCUGCCAGGCCGGGGAUCUCUGUCGACCGGGUCCAAAAUGUCGAGGUCCACCUAUUCGAUUCCAGUAGACCCGGAUGCUCUCAAGGCCAGCCAAUCGGCGUGCCAGUUACUGUUGCUACUUUGGCGAUUCACCGAGCUUCAGCCGCAAUAUAAAAAGUCGGCAUCAUCAGUCAGUGCCGCCAUUCUCCAAGUGAAGUCGAUUCCUCGACCAACUUUCUGCCAAAACGGUUGCGCUACCACUCCUCUUUCCGUCCUGGCCCAUCUAUCCACUCCUUACCCACUUAACCCACUCCGGCCCUAUCACAAGUUCUCUCUUGUUCACAUUCAACUAGUCUAUUCACUUCGACCCCGUCUCUUUCGAUCGGAUCACCCGACUCAGGUCUUAAAUUCGGAUCUACUUCAUGGUCCAGUUGAUCCGUUGCUUCGCUUUAUGAAACUCUACUUACACACGCAAAAUAAAGCCAUGUUACCUGAGCAAACUGUGGACGCCUAUCGCUGGUCGCAUGCGGCGUCUCAAGUGGAUUUAUGGUACAUUUUGGCCAUAACGCCGAAUUUCUGUGACAGUUUGCUUGCUUAUCCGUCUGUCCAGCUUUCUCACCGCCAGACCCGAAAGUUUAUUCAAAACGGACAUCAUUCACUGACAACGUCUUCGCUUAAUUGCCGAAAACCCCUCCCCCUCGUGAUCCCUUUUCCUCCGGAUGUCAACGGCCUCCAUAAUCUUCAGCUUUCUUAUGUCAUCACCGUAUGGGGCCCUCCUUUCUUUUGCCUUCCAAUUGAUCUCGUGUCAAGCCUGUGCGAUGUGUUCCGCUAG